AGUCAUUUCAACACACCCGAAUAUCACACUGUCUUUCUCUCUCGUUUCGCUUUCCUUCUCUCAGUUCAUAAACUCUCUUCUUCGCUUCACUGCGAGACUCAGAAGAAAAUUAAAAAAAAUCAAAUCUUUCUCCUCUACAGCUCUUAAGGUGACUCUCUCUGCGAAACCCUUUUAUUGUGUAACGUUACGAGGAAGAAGACGAAGUUUUUGGAAAUGGAGAAAAAGCCAGGAUUCUUCUCUGCUCUCAGAGGUCUCUCGCCGUCGCGUUCCAGGACAAGGUCUCGCUCCGUGAGCCCCGCUCGGUCCAGCUCACCCACGACAGCACUCUCCCGGGAGAAGAAGAACUUCACUAACGGCGGCGCCGCCGCCAGUUACUAUGUAACCCAACCGGAGCUUUUAAUAGAGAGAUCCGGAAGCUUGAGACCCGUUAUGGAAGGACCCGAUCUAGACGAAGAAGGAGGAGGAGGAGGAGGAGAUUCGAAAAGGCUCGGGUCGGGUCUAGGUAACUGGGUCAAAGGACAGCUCUCUCGCGCUCCCUCUGUUGCUGCCACGGCGGCUUACCGGAGAAACGAUCUGAGGCUUCUUUUAGGAGUCAUGGGAGCUCCUCUCGCUCCCAUUCACGUCUCCUCCUCUGAUCCUUUGCCUCACCUUUGCAUCAAAAACACUCCAAUCGAGACAUCAUCUGCGCAGUACAUACUUCAACAGUACACCGCAGCUUCCGGCGGACAGAAGCUUCAAAGCUCAAUCAAAAACGCUUACGCCAUGGGGAAGCUCAAGAUGAUUACUUCCGAGCUUCAGACCGCGACGAGAACCGUAAGGAACCGGAACCCGUCAAAGGCCGAGACCGGAGGUUUCGUUCUCUGGCAGAUGAAUCCGGACAUGUGGUACGUCGAGCUCGCUGUUGGCGGUAAUAAAGUUCGCGCUGGGUGUAACGGAAAGCUCGUGUGGAGACACACUCCUUGGCUUGGUUCUCAUACAGCUAAAGGACCCGUCAGGCCUCUCCGCCGUGGACUUCAGGGUCUUGAUCCGAGAACUACUGCUGCGAUGUUCGCGGAUGCGAAGUGUAUCGGAGAGAAGAAUGUCAACGGUGAAGAUUGCUUCAUUCUCAAGCUUUGCACUGACCCUGAAACCCUAAAGGCGAGGAGUGAAGGACCAGCUGAGAUCAUAAGACACGUCCUCUCGGGGUACUUUAGUCAGAAGACAGGGCUCUUGGUUCACAUCGAGGAUUCGCAUCUGACGAGGAUCCAAUCCAACGGUGGAGAUACUGUUUUCUGGGAGACCACGUACAACUCGUCCUUAGACGAUUAUCGCCAGGUGGAAGGGGUCAUGAUCGCUCACUCGGGGCAUUCGGUUGUGACCCUUUUCAGAUUUGGUGAAGUGGCGAUGAGUCACACGAGGACGAAGAUGGAAGAGAGCUGGACGAUUGAGGAAGUUGCGUUUAACGUUCCUGGUUUGUCUCUCGAUUGCUUCAUACCGCCGGCGGAUCUCAAGAUCGGUUCUGUGGCAGACUCAUGCGAAUACGGACAAGAGGAAAGAGGGAAGAGCAAUUUGUCUGCAGCUCACAGGGCUAAAGUUGCAGCCUUGGAGAACUGAUGUCUUAACGGUUAUGACUAAAACAGCCCUUGAAGGUUUCAUUAGGCAAUGGAAAAAAAGAAAGUGUUCAUAUCUCGAGCUAACCCUUUUUAGCAGUUUAUUCGGAUUAGGAAUCAGGUUUGUUAGCAUAACCGAAGAUUCACCGGUUCAAAUCGAAUCCAAGUAGAUUUUUUUUUUACUCUGAUCUCACUAGAUGGGAUGGAGUUUUGGUUGGUUUACUUAAAUGUUUUUUUCAGUUUGGUUUAUUUAAUUUCUCACCUUCAAUGUUUUUGUGCAAGGUGAAGGCAAGAGAAGGAGAAUUGCCUGCUGCUUUUACUUUUCUAUCAUUAAGUAUUUGUGUUAAAUCAACGAUAUUAACUACAAAUCUAGAUAUUGUUCAUCUUUCUUUUGGGAUAUGUAUGGAGAUAUGUUUGGUGUU